AUGAGCACUACUUCGAAAUACCGCAACCAUUCCACCUUGACACCGGCCGAUCGAGUGCUCUGUAGCUCGUCGGGCCACCUCCACGUCCGACUCGACGUGAACGCCGGACCCGCCGAGGGCAGUCUCCUCGCGAUAUAUCGCGUUACAGUGACCAUCCUCGACGUGGACGACAACGGGCCCACUUUCAACAAGCCGCGCUGGCGUACCAGUCGAGAAGAGCGAUUCUUCCAGGCGGGUCGACAGAUCGCUCUACCGAAGGCCUUCGACGUUGAUCUCAACCCAGCGCAUCGUCAAAUCGUCUAUCGCCUCGAGAUGUUCACAGAUCCGCCCGACGUCUGGGCGGCCCUCUGGCGGGCCUCCGAGCGAGAGGUUGGCGCCGGCUUGACAACCAAUUCACGACCCAAUACCAGGAUCUAUCCGAACUCGGCUCCGGAGACGCCAUUUCAACUGAGACUUGAUGAAACCGGCCGCCCGCUACUCCGUCUCAUCUACCGUCUUGACGCCGAACUGGUCGCCAUGCACCGUCUCGUCUUAGUUGCUCUGCCUGCCACGGCCUCGAGUCCCGCAAACGCAAACGCCGUCAGUCUCGGUCCGAGACCCAGUCGUAGCCCGUCUCAUCCGGGCGCCCGUGACGACCAAGAGGCGCGUCUGCUUGUUGAGAUCGAGGUGCUCGACUCCAACGACAACGAGCCACACUUCGAUCAACCAGUCUACAAUGUCUCUGUGCCCGAAAGCGAGCCCGUCGGCAGCAUCAUUUACCGAGUAAGUUGGCCAGCACACUACAUCCGGUACCACACACGCCACUUGACCACUCUCUUGCCAUGGCUAGUGAAGAAGUUGGGCUGCUAUGACGUUGCCUGUUUUGGUACCGCACGACUUGAGAACGGACAAUUGUAA